AUGAUGGAGUGUUCAGAUGUGUUCAAGGAUGCCAUCCGAAUUACUCGCUGCCUUGGCUUUCGUUAUCUUUGGCCUGAUUCUAUCUGCAUCAAUCAAGAUAAUCCUGUUGAGAAAGCCUUAGCAAUUAGCCGUAUGGUAAGAAUCUACCAAUGUUCGCAGCUCAAUCUCUCGGCCACUUCAGAUAGCAGCCUCAUCUUUCAAAGGGACCCUAAAUCAGUUGUGUCAAUCCUGCGGAAAAAGAGACAUCCGGAUUCUCGAACUUCCAAGGAUUAUUGA